AUGUUGACUUCCCAAUGGGUCGACUUGCUGGUGUGGUUCUACCCAGUUGGCAACACGCCAGCCGUAUCCUUGACCCGUGGUCAGCCGCCCAGUGGUUAUUCCAAGACGGACAUUCUCCUCCUCGGUUGCGGAGAUGUCAGACACAUCCUCUUCACCUGCAAUGUAGAUGGCCGCCCUAUGGACAUCACCUGCUGUGAUCGCGAAAAGGCCGUUCUAGCGCGGAACAUCAUUCUGCUCACACUGUUGCUCGACGACACUCAGGGAGCGAGGAACACUCGUCACUGGAAACUCUACUACCAUCUAUACAUAACUGAUGACGACUUGUCUGCGUUACGGAAUCAUGCGCGAAGACUCUGCAGGCUCUCCAGCUCCCUGCAGGACUGGCAUCGCGGCCCCUAUGGCAGGGUCAUCCGCUUCACCGACCGCCGUUCGCUCGCCCAAGUCAGAGAACUGUGGCAGCAGUAUGCUCUUCCUAGAUCAGGCAACUCGUUGAGUACAUUCGAAUCGCAUUACCACUAUUGGCUGCAGAAGUCGAUCGGCAUCAGGUCCACGAGAGGAAAUUGCACGGGCAAUCUCCGAUCUAUUUACCCAGGCGGCAUAGGACAUGCCAACGAACUGAAGGCCCUGAAGAGCGAAUUCUGGGAGGACCUCCCGAAGAGGCACAAGGCAUAUCGCAAUCCCGACGUGGAUGUGCGGUUCAACCCCAUGUUUGCCGUCGCCGGCUCGACAACACAGCUGCAUUUCCGCACUGAUCCUCUUGAUGGGUAUCAUAUCGCCCUCGCCUACAUCGCCACCACUGGCCCGACACCCCUCAAUAAGCCCAGAUCGCAUCGAGCUUUGGAAGCUGCCAAGGCUGAGUUCUGCAACUGGUCAUUCUCUUUCCGUAAAUGCGUGCGCGAGGGGCUGGCCCUACGCUUCUUCUCCGGCGACGCGCUGGCUCUUUGUCACACCUUGCAGCAUGUCCGUCAGCAUCCAGACGAAAGAACUGCCAAUCUGUAUCGCGACAAGUUCACCUUCGAGCCGCUGAUUCUGGAUGGUGACGACUGGGGCCCCGACGGCACGGCUCCUUCGACCUUCACCGUCAUCGAGACGUCCAACCUGUUGGAUCAUGUUGAAGGCCCAAAUCUCCUUCCUGCCGUCUCCCCUCUCCUCACUUCCGAGCCUUCUGCCUGUCUCUAUAUGGAAGUGUUGGACGGGCGCGAGCGACCGGUUCAAAAGAUGGCAAGGGGCUUGUUCUCUGGCGACUUGCUUACAGUUUGCCUUCUCGCAGGUCUCGCACCAUGUGAAUACGCUCUAAACACCUCCACCGUAUCUGCAGGCCACGAGGCUCUGGUGGAUUACCAGAAACAGAUGGGAGGCGUAUCGGAUUAUGUGCAUCAGAGACACAUGCCCAUUACGUGGAAACGAGCACUGACCAACGGGUGUAUGCAGGCGGCGCUCCUCGAGCCGCUGCGCAUGUCGGACGACAGCAUCUUCCGCAUCCUGAUGGGCAUGAACCGCGAGAUGUUCGAGCACGAGAGAUCUGUUCCCAUGCUUCAGAAGAUGAGCCUGGCUGAAAUCGCGAGCGAUACUGCUCCCACGUCUUUGUGCCACCGCGGAAGCCUUGCGUCCUUCAUCGGCUUGGUCAAGUCGAGAUUGGCCGUUGGCGUGGAGAAUGCCGUCAACCGGCUGCUUGUUGAGAUGAGGCGGGAUCUUGUUGUGCCUCUAUCUGAUUUGUAUCUUGAAGAGUUCAUUCUGCACUUGCAUCUUCGGGGUGUGUUGACGGUUGACAAGCUGGCGAAUUCACCUCUGUCGUCGUCCAUGCGUUCUCCAUCAUCAGAUAACAUACUGUCCUGGACUGGUCUGCCGCCUGUUGUUUCUAUCACUAUGAUUGUCUCAAGAGUUAGCCUCCUACCGUUCAUGCAAGGAAACAGCACAAAUACGAACAUCGCCAUUCCGUUCCUCGAGUGUCUCGUCAAGUCCCCUGAGGCCGGGACGAAUGCCUUUGCGGCUCUCCAGACCGGCUUCGGAACUCUGUGCGCCAGCGGCAGGAAAUGGACCGACGGCUUCCAGCUCCAGGUCUCCGACGAUAAGGCCGCCUGGGCCGGGCAUUGCGACCUGAUUGUCUCGUUCCUGGUUCCAUCGUGGAUUCUAAUCGCAGAGCCCGAAAACACCGAGGUUGCCUUGUGCAUCAAGAGCUGCCCGGAUACCAUGCACUUUGUCGCGCAGUUGGGCUCGGAAUUGGCCGUCUUCACUGCUCGAAUUGACGACUCAGAUCACGUACUCAUCACCAAGAACAUGCCGAACCAGAACUCGCAGAUGAAAGUCGGCGGUUUUGCUGCCUGUGAUGUCCAGACGCCGCCGCCCACCGAGAACGUCUCCCAACAGACACUCGAAGCCUGGGCUCAUGCCACUCCUCAUAACACCGCCAUCGUCGGUCUCACGCGCCGCCUGUACCUCAAGAGCCCUGAAAUCAUGUCCAGGCUCCUCGCCAAUGUAGAAGUGAUGACCUCGUACAUCUCGCCGUGGACCAUCCUCGUCGAGGUCGCCAGAUGCGAGCCCCUUGUCGCCAACUUCCCGCUCCCACUACACAGGUUUGGCUUCAAAGCCCGCAUGGGUCCAAGGGGGAACUACAUUGAUGUCGCCGAUGAGCUCUCCACCGGUCCGACCUGGCUUGGAGCGGGAGGCUCGCCGUUCCCGACCAUAUGGGAUAACUACCGCCAUACUCUCUGGAACAUCACCUAUCUACACCUCGACCGCCUUCCCGAGAUCAUCACCUCUCGGCCGCGAGAGAUGACAUGGCUCCGGCCGCAUCUCGCCGAGCACUUCUCAGAUCCUGAGCGGAAACUAUCAAUGGACAUCCAGGCGACAGGUCAUCCCAGGCCAGACUGCCACCCAAACCAGGCAGUCAGAUACUGUCUCAAGAGAUCCAUCUACGAGAUCAUCGCCCAGUUCGCCAACGACGACGAGUGGAAACCCAAUGCCUUCGCCAUCGGCCUCAACGGCGUCGCCGAGCUCAUCGUUUUCCCGGCCAAGCUGCGCCUCGACCUCAGCAGCCGGGCCGUCAUGCUCGACGCCAUCGUCCUGCCCAUCACCGCGGCCAUCACCGAGAAGCACGGGAACUUUCUGAGCCUGCUGCUAAGCUACGGGGUGGUGAAGCCCGACGUGGGCGAGGGGGAGAUGAUUCUCUGGAAGGAGACGCUCCCGGCGUGGGUUGAGCGGUGCCGCGCGUGGGAGCACAGGGCCGACUGCGAGUACGUACGCGCCAACAACAUCCCCCUCUCGACGAAAUCCAGGGAGCAGUCGCUGUGUAGUUGCGGGAACGGGCUGGAUCUGCCCGAGUUUCCGACCCCCGCGCUGCCGGACUGGGAGGAGAUCAUGAAGCUGUGCGUGAGGGCUGCCAUCUCCCCCAUGUUCCCUAACCCGCUGGUCGACAACGUCUAUGAGCAUGGGGUCUCGGAAGACGCUCCAUGGUAUGCCUCACGUUGA